AUGUCCAUCUCCGAGAUUUAUUCAGUCUACAAAGUUAAAUUGAAUAUAGCCAUCCAAGACCCCGACAUGCCAUCACCCCGAUACCACACCAUACUCUUUGUCCAAACAAAUGCGCAAGGUCCGUGUAGCGGCAUGAAACACCACGUCACCGGAGAUAUCGUCACAGGCAUGCACUACGAGCCCGCAGAAUACGAUGAUCCCGAGGCCGAUGAGAACUUCUUCUCAAAGGAGCUGAUUGGACAUACCAGAGCCCUCAACUAUCCCAAAAACUGGAAUGAGAUUCUCAAAUCUAUCCCGGCGCCCGGGAAGCAGAAGGCUUUCAACAAAGUGACGAUGAAGACAGAGCCCAUUAAGAGCUGGAAUCCCGUGACAUUCUAUGAGCCCGGAGAACCUCGUCGGCCGUUGAUCAAAUGUACUGAAUGGAUUGAGGAUCAGGCUAUUCCAAUCUUGAUUAAUGCGGGUCUGAUUCAGUGGAGACAUGAGCGUAUAGCUGGUGCUUAA